GAUUGACCGAACAUCUCAAGUUCAAUGCUUAUACUUUUGAAGAGCUUUCUGCCUCGACAGCUAAAACCUAAAGGCGAACCAACUUAAACCAAAUGAGGUUUUUAUGUUCUUAUUUCCUCAGACAAAGAUGUUUCAUUGAACAUGCAAUCAGGAGCAGAGGGGCCGUGGCCCACAGACAUGGGGGAGAAUGAUCCAGAAGAAGAGCUGAGACUGAUCCUGAUUGGAAAGACGGGAUCUGGGAAGAGCUCCUCAGGGAACACCAUCCUGGGCCGGAGUCACUUCCUGUCCAGGUGUAGCGCCGGCUCUGUUACCAAGGUCUGCCAGCUGGGGACCUCUGACUACCCUGUGGAGGAGGAGGCGGGGGGGAGGAGCAGGAGGAAGAGGGUGGUGGUGUUGGACAUGCCAGGUUUUGGAGACACACACCUGACCCAGGAGCAGAUCAUCACAGAGAUCAGUCGAUGCGUGGCCCUGACGGCCCCCGGCCCCCACGCCUUCCUCUUGGUGGUCCAGGUGGGACGCUACACAGAGGAGGAGAACAUGGCCGUCACUAUGAUGGCUGCUGUAUUUGGAGAAGCGGCGGUCUGCAACCACACGGUGGUGCUGUUCACCAGGGGAGAUGACCUGGAGGAGCCGAUAGAGCAGUACCUGGCCAGCGCACCUGUGAGCCUCAAGGCUUUGAUUGACAGGUGUGGCGGCAGGUACCGCGUUCUCAACAACCGGGCGCCCAACGAUGUGCAGCAAGUUCACGAGCUGCUGGGAAAGGUGGAGCAGGUUGUGGAGGACAACGGUGGAGGGUGUUACACCAACGCCAUGUACCGGGAGGCGGAGAUAGCAAUCAGAGAGGAGCAGGACAGGAUAAUGAGGGGGCGGGGCCAAGCAGAGGGCGAGGAAGAGGAAAUGAAGAUGUCUGAAUGGAGGAGGCGUGUCCUAGAGCGGGAUGGGGGGGCUGAUGACGGGGACGAGGUGUUUUGGACACAGACCGAGACGGCGGAGAGAGGAGGAGGUGCUCUCAGCUUCCUCAGGGAAAGAGGAGAGCGAUGGAGAGAAGGGUGGAGACGUAGAAGGAGGGGCGGUGGCCGGCCGAGGCCACGUGCUCCCUCUGCCCCCGGUAGGGGGUGGCGAAGCCAGGUGCCCCUUUCUCCCAGCGUGCUGCGGAGAGUGAAGGUGGUGGUGGCGGCGGUGGUCACUGGCCUGGUGGUAGGGGCUCUGUGUGGUGCGGCUGUCCCACUAGCAGCAGCAGCAGGGGCAGCCGUGGUGGGGAACGCAGCAGGUUUGGGUGUAGCUCAUCUGGCUGGGGCGACGGUAGGGUGGGUGGAGGCUAUCGGCGCUGUUGUAGCAACAGCCUCGGGACAGACGGCCGCGGGGGCCGCUAUCGGAGGGCUUGUGGGGGGCUCCGUGGCCGCUGCGGCUGGGCUGGAAGCUGCCAGUCCUGGGGAAGGAGUUCAGUUAGCCCUGGGCCAGGUAGGCCUCCUGGGGGUAUCAGCUGUGGGGGUGGCUGCAGGGGUGGGGGGCGUCCUGGGAGCUGGGGCCGCCCUCGGGGCCACAGCCCUGCCUGGAGCCCAUGCUGCCGCGGCAGGGGCCGUAGUUAGAGCCGGGACCAGCGGGGCGGUGUGUGCUGCUUCAGGCCCCAGCUUGGUGUCUGCCUCCUGGGGAGGAGGGGGGGCCCGCGUCCUGGCUGCAGUAGCAGAGGUGGGCCAGGCGGCGGUGGGACUGGUGCUGGCUGGAGGUCUUGUGGUAAAGGUGUUCAAAGAAAAGGUCUGUAGCGGCGAAGGGACCAGGGAAGCUAGCUACACAGAGCGCAGGACGUAUGAAAUCCACUGGAACAAAAUGAGUGUCUCCGGCCGUGGACUUCACCUCAAAGAUGCCGUCUUCGAUGGUCACGAUGGAGACGAAGGUGCCCCCACCCAGGUCAAAGAUCAGGACGUUGCGCUCGCUGCUCUUGCCUUUGUCCAGACCGUAGGCAAUGGCGGCCGCCGUGGGCUCGUUGAUGAUCCUCAGGACGUUGAGGCCGGCGAUCACUCCUGCGUCCUUGGUGGCCUGACGCUGGGAGUCGUUGAAGUAAGCUGGAACCGUGAUGACGGAGUUCGACACCUUCUGGCCCAGUCUGAAUGUAAAAACUUUGUGAAUUAUUCGAUUUUUACUUCAACAGAAACUGCGUGGCCCUCUGAUUUCUUCGGGCGGAGUCCACCUGAACAACAGAUAAAAGACGACUGGAAAAUAGAUAUUGAGAAAAUUACGAACAUUAUUGAGUCAGCAGGAGCAGAGGGGCCGUGGCCAACAGACAUGGGGGAGAAUGAUCCAGAAGAAGAGCUGAGACUGAUCCUGAUUGGAAAGACGGGAUCUGGGAAGAGCUCCUCAGGGAACACCAUCCUGGGCCGGAGUCACUUCCUGUCCGGGUGUAGUGCAGGCUCUGUUACCAAGGUCUGCCGGCUGGGGACCUCUGACUACCCUGUGGAGGAGGAGGCGGGGAGGAGGAGGAGGAGGAAGAUAAAGGUGCUGGUGGUGGACAUGCCAGGUUUUGGAGACACUGACCUGACCCAGGAGCAGAUCAUCACAGAGAUCAGUCGAUGCGUGGCCCUGACGGCCCCCGGCCCCCACGCCUUCCUCUUGGUGGUCCAGGUGGGACGCUACACACACAGAGGAGGAGAACACGGCCGUCACUAUGAUGGCUGCUGUAUUUGGUCAGGAGCAGAGGGGCCGUAUCCAACAGACAUGGGGGAGAAUGAUCCAGAAGAAGAGCUGAGACUGAUCCUGAUUGGAAAGACAGGAUCUGGGAAGAGCUCCUCAGGGAACACCAUCCUGGGUCGACAACACUUCCUGUCCGGGUGUAGUGCAGGCUCCGUUACCAAGGUCUGCCGGCUGGGGACCUCUGACUACCCUGUGGAGGUGGAGGCGGGGAGGAGGAGGAGCAGGAGGAAGAAGGUGGUGGUGUUGGACUUACCAGGUUUUGGAGACACACACCUGACCCAGGAGCAGAUCAUCACAGAGAUCAGUCGAUGCGUGGCCCUGACGGCCCCCGGCCCCCACGCCUUCCUCUUGGUGGUCCAGGUGGGACGCUACACAGAGGAGGAGAACACGGCCGUCACUAUGAUGGCUGAGGUAUUUGGAGAAGUGGCGGUCCGCCACCACACAGUGGUGCUGUUCACCAGGGGAGAUGAGCUGGCGGAGCCGAUAGAGCAGUACCUGGCCAGCGCACCUGUGAGCCUGAAGGCUUUGAUUGACAGGUGUGGCGGCAGGUACCACGUUCUCAACAACGAGGCGCCCAGCGAUGUGCAACAAGUUCACGAGCUGCUGGGAAAGGUGGAGCAGGUUGUGGAGGACAACGGUGGAGGGUGUUACACCAACGCCAUGUACCGGGAGGUAGAGGCAGCAAUCAGGGAGGAGGAGGACAGGGUAAGGAGGGAGGAGGAGGAGGAAGACAGGGUAAGGAGAGAGGAGGAGGACAGGUUGAGGAGGGAGGAGGAGGAUAGGUUAAGUAGGGAGGAGGUUGACCGUUUAAGGAGGGCGGAGGAGGACAUGUUAAGUUUGGAGGAGGUGGAAAGAUUGAGUAGGGAAGAAGUCGAUUGGUUGAGGAGAGAGGAGGAGGACAGGUUGAGGAGAGAGGAGGAGGACCGGUUAAGUAGGGAGGAGGUUGACCGUUUAAGGAGGGCGGAGGAGGACAGGUUAAGUUUGGAGGAGGUUGAAAGAUUGAGGAGGGAGGAAGUUGAUUGGUUGAGGAGAGAGGAGGAGGACAGAUUAGGUAAUGAGGAGGUUGACACGAAAAUGAUGGAUGAAGGUGACAGGUCAAGUUGGGAGGAGGUUGACAGGUUGAGGCGGGAGGAGGUCAUUUGGUUGAGAGAGGAAGAGGACAGGUUCAGGAGGGCGGAAGCGGACAGGUUCAGUAGGGAGAGGGCCCCAGCAGAGAGAGGUUUCAAUAGAAGACCGCAGGCUGCACAUUCCUCCAGCAGGGGGCGGCGCAGCCAGGUGUUGCUCUCCCCCAGCCUGAUGCAGACUGUGAGGAAGGUGGUGGCGGCGGGGCUCACGGGCCUGGCGGUGGGGGCUUUGUGUGGGGCCGCCGUCCCCCUUGCAGUGACAGCAGGAGCCUACUUGAUGGGCAGCACAUUAGCCUGCACUACAGCUUCUGUGGUCGUGGGGGGUGCAGUCGGAGGGUUUGUAGGGGGCAGUAUUGGUGCCGGGAAUGGGCUAGAAGCUGCAAGUCCUUUGGGAGGAGCUCAGCAAACCCUUCGUCAGGUUGGCACCCUUGGGGUCACGGUGGUGGGGUUGGCUGCACGGGUGGGAGCUGUAGGGGGUGUGGCUGCAAGGGCAGGAGCUGCAGGGGGUGUGAGAGCUGCAGGGGGUGUGGUUGCAAGGUCUGUAGGGGCUGGAGCUGAUGCCGGGGCUGCCCCUUUAGGGACUGAUUUAAUUAAUGCAGCUGCGACUGUAGGAGGUGCUUUGGCAAAUGCCACACAAGCUGUUCUCACCUCCUUUAGCCGUUGACCGGCAGACAGGGUUCGAGUUAGGAUUCCAUCUCUAUGGGGGUCUCUUAAAGUUGUUGAUGGGACGGACGGACGGACGGGGGAGAGGGGUUGAGAGACCGUAAAUAUGGGCUAUUAUGACACGGCUCUUCUCAAUGCCGUGGAACUCUCCGUUCACUUGCAUGUGCCCUCCACAACAACGCCAGCGUCUUCGGUUGCUAAGCGACAUCAGCGUCUUUGGCUAACUAUUUGUCCGCUGAUCAACACUACGAAUGGUAGUGUUAUCGAAAAUAAGCCCCUUAAGGUCAAAGAGACCGUCGGUGUCAGGUUCGCACUGUCUGGGCUUAUUUUCCCGAUAAUCACCGUCGUUCUAUUAUCUCUUACUUAACGACAAUAUUACUCUGUAUGUGGAAGGGAAAAUAGCUUUAUUUAUAAUCACAAUAUUAUGCUGCUGUAUUUUCAUUGACUCCCACAGAUAUUUGAGUUUGCUGCUUUCAUCAGCUCCCACUGGCUCCCACCUAACUUGAAAAAUCCUGAUUUUUCCGUACACUAAUCUUCAGCAAUCAAACUAUACACACCGAUGUGGUGCAGCUCGACUAGCUCUGUUUUUUCAAUGCAUACUAAGUGUCUGGUCACGUCUGUGGCAAAGCAAAAUGGAGCACUGUCACUUCACCGUGACCGCUUCACAUAUAACUUGACUUUUAAGGAUUUUUUUUGGUAUAUCAGGGCCUCGAGGCCAUCAACAUAUUUUUAAUUGUGUCGUAUAUUGGGGCCCUCAGUCUGGGUGAAAAGCGGGGGCAGAACUGCAGCAGGCUCUCAUGCCCUCUUGUAAGGGAAGCAGACGGCCGACUGGGGGUUAAGGGGUACGGGGGGCCUGGAGGGGCGGCUGGACACCUUGUCUCUCACCUGUUGCUUUACUUAUCUUAAUCUGAUGCUAGUUUUUUUUCACUUUUCACUUGGAGAUGUGCCUGAUAAUUUUCUUAGGUAGAUUUGUCUGUUGGUCCUUUGAUCCUGACCAACAUUCACCUUUAUAGUGUUUUCAGCCUAUGAUCAUGAUCACAGAAAGCAACUCUGUGUUGCUGUGUUUUAAUCCCACAGGGAGAGUAUCAAAUAUCAUACAAUACAUCAGUUUUCAUAUAUCAUAUCAUAUCAAAUAUCCAAUAUCGUAUAAUUGUGUGUAUUUACGAACAAACAUAUGGAAUAAAAUGUGAUAAUCUAAUAAAAAUAUUUAAUCGUG